GGCAGCGCCAGGCAAGGUGCCCACAGCGUAUGAGCUGCCACUCACUACUGGGCUCCUACUCAGCGAAGAUGCUCCCCGGGCCCCUGCUCCUCAUCUGCCUCCCUGUGGCCCUAAGUGCCCUCCAGUUCCCAGUGUAUCGUAUGCAGGAGUACAGCCUGAGGGGCCACUCACACGGCUGCCGGAAUGCGCUGGUCCAGGCAGAGAGUCGGACGCUGGAGGCGGAGCUACUGACCCGUCACUGUAUCAUCAUGAGAUUGGCAGAUUUCUCUACAGACAGAUGGUACCAAGCGCUCAGCCAAUCAGCAGGGGCCCUGCUCAUCCUGGUACCCGAGACCCUCUCAGGGGCCCCACAGGGCCAACAGCAGGGGUUCCUGGAGGGGGAGAUGGAGAUGCUGAGGAACGACACUUGGGUUCCGAUCUACUUCGCGGUGGAACAGGAGGAGCUGCUGUCGGUCUAUGAGGAAAGUAAAUCCGUUUCCCAGGUGCUAAGCUCCUCCUCCGCCCUGCAAGUUAUGUUGGGACUGGUGAUGGGCAACGGAUUUCAGAUGGUCACAGGGGAAACCCAAAGCCAACCAAUCAGCAACUCAGCCAUUGUCACCAUGGAGGGCCAGCUGAGAGGCCGGGGGGAACCUGAAGAACUGCCCACUGUGGUUAUUGUCGCCCAUUAUGACUCUGCUGGAGCUGCCCCAUGGCUGGCGUUUGGGGCCGACUCGAAUGGGAGCGGUGUGGCAGUUCUACUGGAGAUAAUGCGGCUCUUUCACCGGCUCUAUAGGGACCCGCUGAGCCAGCCCAGGUACAACCUGCUCUUCUCUCUCACUGGGGCCGGAAAGUUCAGCUAUUAUGGGAGCAAGCGAUGGAUAGAGGAGCACCUUGAUCAUUUAGAGAGCAGCCCAUUGCAUGAGAACGUGGCAUUCGUCCUUUGCCUGGACACUCUGGCCAAUGGGGACACGCUGCACAUACACGCCUCCAGGCCUCCCCAGGAGGGGACUGCACAGUGGGACUUCAUCAGAGACCUGGAGUCGGUCAUAAAGUUACCCCAGUUCCAGGGAGUAGACGUGUCCCUGAUCCAUAAGAAGAUUAAUCUGGGGGAAGACAUCUUGGCGUGGGAACACGAGCAGUUCAGCCUCCGACGUAUCCCAGCAUUCACAGUGUCACAUCUGAGCAGCCACCAGCUUGGCCUGAAGAGCUCCAUCCUGGACACCAGAUCUCAGGUGGAUACGGAGAAGCUACGCAGGAACACACACGUCCUUUUGGAGGCGCUGGCGAGGUUCCUUUAUAAAGAACCCAUGAAGGCAAUUCCAGAGGAUUUUCUCAUAUUUCAGGGGGAAAUGGAGGUGGAUGGGUCUCGCCUGACGGCCACCCUGGAUUGGUUGGUGGCCCAGCCCCGCGCUGCGCAGCUAUUGGGGGAGAAGCACCCCCUGCUCAUCACCAUGGAGACUCUAUUCAGGAGGUACCUGAGAGACACCAAGCGCCACGUGUUCCGGCCGGAUGAGAGUGACCCCGAGUUUGUCUUCUAUGAUCAGCUGAAACAGACCAUGACGUCCCACAGAGUGAAGCCCCCCGUGUUCGACCUGUUCAUGGCGUUUCUCAUCGCUGGGUACUUGGCGCUGACCCAUCAGGCGGUUCAGAGCUUCGGGCCCCUGUACAGAUAUGCCUGCCUCGUUGCCAGACAAAAGAGAAAAUAACCCCCCUGGUGGCAGAAGAGGAAUUUGCCCUUGGCUGCCAUGUUGGAAAUAGGGAGACAGAGGGGUUUUGUCCAACGACACAUUGGCACUAUGGCAGCUCCGCUGAUUGGCUCUAGCCUGGCACAGCCCACUGGGAGGAGCCAGGAGUCUGGGGCUGCUUGAGGGGCUUGACCACCAGCUUAUUACCCAUAAUUCACUGCAGUGCCUGUUUGCACUGACGUCUCAUUGGCUGUUCCUGUAGAACAAAGCAGAACUGGGUCCAAUCGCAAGGGCAGUGCCAUGUGUCCCUUUCCCACAAUCCUCUUGUUGUGGCCAUACAACAGCGGGAAAGCCACCUCCAAUGUCUGUACCACCCCUGCUUGGAGGCUGCUCCCUGUAACUACCCCCUUUACUUACGUUGCCUAAUGUCAGUUACCCCCCCUGAAGCUUCAUGCUGUGGCCCCUGGGGCUUUCCUACUCGGGGCCACACCGGGUUAUCCCCCCUGGGGCUUCCCUACUCGGGGCCACACCGGGUU